AUUCUCCUUCUACGCUAGGCUAAUUCACCAUCACCCACACACACAACUCAAAUCAGCUUAGGAAAAUGAGGUUUUCUCCUUCGUUUUCUUGCAUCAUGGGAGCCCUAGUAUUGGGUUGCCUUCUCCUUCAAGCAUCAAACUCUAACGCUCAACCACUAAGUCCUGAUUUCUAUUCCAGAACAUGCCCGCGUGUGUUCGAUAUCAUUAGGAGGACCAUCGUUGCUGAAUUACGAUCCGAUCCUCGUAUUGCCGCUAGCAUCCUUCGUCUUCACUUCCAUGACUGUUUUGUUAAUGGUUGUGAUGCAUCGAUCCUGCUGGACAGUUCCACAUCUUUCAGGACCGAGAAAGAUGCUGCUCCAAACGCUAAUUCGGCUAGAGGGUUUGACGUCAUAGAUAGAAUGAAAGCCGAGAUUGAGAUAGCGUGCCCAAGAACAGUUUCUUGUGCAGAUGUUCUUACCAUCGCUUCUCAAAUAUCAGUGAUUUUGUCAGGAGGUCCAGGGUGGCAGGUUCCAUUGGGAAGGAGAGACAGCUUACGAGCUUUCUUCGAUCUGGCUAAUACAGCUCUUCCUUCUCCAUUUUUCACACUUGCUCAACUUAAUGCAAGUUUUGCUGCGGUUGGUCUAAACCGCCCCUCCGAUCUAGUCGCUCUUUCUGGUGGUCACACAUUUGGAAAAGCACAAUGUCAAUUUGUGACACCUCGUCUCUACAACUUCAAUGGUACCAAUAGACCUGACCCUAGUCUCAACCCAACUUACCUCACCCAACUCCGUGGAUUGUGCCCUCAAAACGGAAUCGGCACUGUUUUGGUCAACUUCGACCCUGUGACUCCAGGUGGUUUCGAUAAUCAGUACUACACCAAUCUUCGUAACGGGAGAGGACUGAUUCAGAGCGAUCAAGAACUGUUUUCAACCCCACGAGCAUUUACGAUUCCACUAGUGGAGCAAUACAGCAACAACAGGCUCGUGUUCUUUCAAGCAUUCGCCGAAGCAAUGAUUCGGAUGGGAAAUCUCAAACCUUUGACUGGAACUCAAGGCGAGAUAAGACGGAAUUGUAGGGUUGUAAACUCAAGGAUCAGGAGUGUGGAGAAUGAGGAUGAUGGUGUUGUGAGUUCGAUUUGAUCAUGCUGGGGAUAUGAAUAUGUAAGAAAAUAUAAAAAUGAGUGGGGAACAAUAUAUGUAUUUCGACUAAAUAAAUGUUCACACUAGUUAUGAGAUUACUAUGAUAUCUGGUCUUAAAAA